CAGUAUGUUGUGCAUAGGCAUGUGAAGACGUCUCACACUGCUUUCCACAGCGUGGCAUCAGCUUGCGCAGAUAUCAUAGACCUCAUCGGAAUCUUUCAGCGCGCCCCAAGCUGUGAGCCAAAUGGCAGGGUGGCUAUUCUUCACAGUCUCACAAGUAGUCAUUACAAGCUUGACUCUGGGAGCACUGAAGCGCACAGGAGCUGUACAGGUGGACUCAUCCAAGAUUAAGAACAACACGCUUAGGAGCUUCUUUGCUACAGCAGUUGACUUGGGAGAGGAUGUGGUUGAGCGUGGAGAGAGGAUAUGGAGUGAGCUGACAAAGAGCGAAUGAUUAGCGUCAGGAGGCCUCAUCAGCGUAGGACGAGCCACCGCCAGUCGCUGCUCGCUUGAUAGCCUGUAUAACAUGAGGCGCACCCAGCCUCCAGCCAUCAGCUCCCCGGUCUGCAGCGAGAGGCCCCCAGCCGAAAGCUGAUAGAACAGGACACGAAGUUGCUUGUGUUGAAAUGUUCAUCUGUCAACGCUCUUCCUGUCCACUCGCCAGUUCAUUGACAGAAAGGUGCAGGGCUGUUUGUAGUAUAUGCGCGUUUCUGACGGAUCCCUUGCAGGACUUAUAAAGUACAUGACGGAUGAGCUUAAUCUGAGCAUGGCUCACAAUCCAUUGCAGCCCUAUCAGGCGCAGCGCUGCCUGCUGUAAACUGGGCCAGUGCUUU